UGCAUCGUAAGGCUGCCCCCGAGCGAUUUGACCAUAUACGAGAUGAUCCUCACGCAGUGCGCCGUCUGCGCCGCCGAACUUGGCUUGUCGUUGGGGAAGAAAUGCGGCCGCUGCAGCACACGCUACUGUGGGCCCGAAUGCCAGAAACAACACUGGGAGGGAGGCGGCCAUGACAAGAUCUGUAAAUUAAUAAAAAAAGCUGGCGGCGCCGAGGCAUACAACGCAAAUAAGAAGUACACAGCGGCCGUCGCGGUCGCGGCGACGGCGUGCGCGGAGGACACGAAGGGGCAGACGUGCUACAUCUGCACGCAGGCCCUCCAUUGGAAAACAAAGGAGGGUCUUGUGCGCGGGUGCUCGUGCCGCGGGACGGCGGGCUUUGCGCACGUGUCGUGUCUGGCGGAGGAGGCGAAGAUCUUGUACGACGAGGCCGAGGAGAACAAUUUAGACAACAAGGUGUUGAAUGAGAGGUUUGGGCGGUGGCACACGUGCAGCCUGUGCGAGCAAAAUUACCACGGCGUCGUGGAGUGCGCGCUUGGGUGGGCGUGCUGGAAGACAUACGUCGGGCGGCCGGAGACUGACUGGGCUCGGAAAUUCGCGAUGACGCUGCUUGCGAACGGUUUGUCCGCUGUAGACCACCACGAGGACUCGUUGCACGUGCAAGAGGCCGAGUUGUCUAUGCGGCGGCGCCUUGGCGCAUCGGAAGGCGACCUGCUCGUGGUGCAGGGCAAUCUUGCGGGCACGUAUAAUCAGCUUGGACGACAUGAAGAGGCCCUAAGCAUAAAACGAGACGUAUACUUCGGAUGUUUGCGGCUCAAUGGCGAAGAACAUGAAGCCACCAUCAUAGAAGCCCUCAACUACGCGAUGACCCUUGCUAGUCUCCAGCGCUUCGAAGAAGCCAGGUCACUGUUGCGCAAGACGAUACCCGUGGUCCGGCGUAGUCGCGGAGAGAAUAGUGAGAACACGCUCAGGAUGAGGGGUUUGUACGCGACGGCGGUCUACCUAGACGAAGGCGCCACGCUCGACGAUCUCCGCGAAGCCGUGACGACGCUCGAGGAGACGGAACGGACCGCGCGGCGCGUGCUCGGCGGCGCGCAUCCGCUCACAACGCUGACUGAGGGCCAUUUGGGACUCGCGCGAGAAGCGCUCCGCACCCGCGAAAGCACAGGCGACGUCGAGUCCCUCCGCGAGGCCGUGGAGGCGAUGACGCCGCCGGGUGACGCGUAAUUUACUAGAGAA